AUGGCGACGACUGCAUCCGCGUACAAUUUUCAGCGGACGACCCGCCAGAUAUUGAAGCGGCACCGCAAGGACCCCGCGAGUUUUAUUAUGCAUAUCCACCAGCAUUUUAUGCGCUUUGAAAAGCAGGAUGGAUGUUUUAUGAUGGAGGCACGCACCAAAGACUUUUUGCAUUUUGUUCGCGAUCAAACGUUGCCGGUCGACUUGAUCGAAGUAUUUUUGCAAGCAGGUGUUCCGUUCUUUGAAGGGUGUUUGAUGGUCGAAGUACACGAGCACCGCAAAUCGGUGUCCCUUUCCAAAGAGACAAGAUUGCUGGACGCCAGCGCAAAACACGGCACCGACCCUGAUGCGCUGCCUAUGUAUUUGCAGGAAGGAGGCCAGUACGGAUCUGGGCACUUGCACAGCCUGCGGCGUGCGAUGCAGAAAGACAACGAAAUAUACCCUGCACCAGAUGGAGUCGAAGUAUACAGGAUCGUCUUGCGUCCUACCGUGGAGACGCUCUGGUCCGACUUGAAAACGAUGGACGCCAAGCUUGGCGGGCUAUGGAGUGACGAAGAGGCACUGCGCAUUGAGGCUACCAUUGUGAACCUAACUGCACCACCAUUGUGUCUUACACCCGAUCCACACGUAACAUGCAUCACAAACCUAAUGCUCAGCAGCACAAUGCCUCCGGUACACUUUCCGCACACUCCUAAUUUCCAGCAGUACCGCAUGGACAAGGCCGGAAACAAGCUAAACAGUGUAGAGCUGGAACUAGAGCGCAGCCAGGAUGCCCGGCGCGAUCAGAUCAUGAAUAUGAUGAAGAACGGCUGGGCUACCGCGUCCGUCCCCAAAGCUGGAGCUGGCCAAGAGAUCGCCAUGUGCGACAGCUCUUUUGUCCCAACAUUUUCGCGUCUUGACUUUUUGCGCACCUGGCGCGAGAACAAGUCUAAAGAGACGCAGCCCAUGCCGGAGCAGCAGCUGGCCACUGAGCCACAAGGCCCGGUGCAGAAGGCCAACGCGGUCGAGACGAAGAAGAGUACACUCGCAAAGAAACGCAAAAGCGGCAAAAAUAAGGAGGACGCUGCGAAAGGAGCGUCGUCCAGCCCUUCACAACCACCAAACUCCAAGACCAAUGGCGAAGCAGUUCCCAAACCGCGCUCCAGAGCAAGGAUGCGAGAGACGGAGGAUGGAUUCCCUAUACCCACAGCCAUCAAUACAAAAAGCAAGGAGAAAACGGUUGUGUUUCCCGGCACCCAGCAACAAUUCACAUCGAUUUCUCAAAACAAUCCUACGCAAAUGGCCGCAAUGAUGGCAAACGGGCGCACGAUGCAGAACGUGUUCGGCGGCGCACAAAUUGCGCAAGGCGGCCCGAUCGUGGCACAGCAGCCGCAGCAGCCAUACAAUGCAUCCAGCUUUACGCCCCCAUUCGGGGACAAUAGCGGACUUGUCCUACCGGAGAGCGGUACCGCGACCAUGUCAGCUCCCAUGCAGCCGUCCAAGUCGCAGCCGUCAGGGAGUGCCACACCUGUGCUGCCUGCAGCACAAAUGGUCUCGCCUUUUGGCCUCGCAAACGCCGGCAUGCAGUCUAUACCUUCCUCCUUUGCCGCACAGCCUUCCAUGAAUCAGGAACGCGACAACGCAUGGUUUUAUUCAUAG